AUGAAAAUUGCUACAAUUGAACGUAUAGUUUCUGUUCGAAAUCAUCCAAAUGCUGAUCGUCUUGAUCUCGUUUCAAUUCUUGGUUAUCAAUGCAUAACGCCACGUGAUAGUUUCCUACCAGAACAAUUAGUCGUUUUUAUUCAACCCGAUUCUGUAUUACCGAAUGAUCAAGUAUGGGCACAAGCCUAUUUAAAAUAUGCUCGUCCACGUGUUCGAGCUAUGAAACUUCGGGAUGAAUGGUCCGAAGGUUUGAUUGUUCCUUUAACUGAGAAUGAAAAAGAUUUUAAAGAAGGCGAUGAUGUAGCUGAACAAUUAGGUAUAAAACAUUUUGAACCAGUCAUUAUACAAGACGCGACAAGUGUUCUCGGCCCUCUACCAUUUAAUAUACCUAAAACUGAUGAAGAACGUAUAGAAAAUUUUCAAAAUAAUCUUCCCUGGAAUGAAUUAGUUGAUGUAACAAAAAAAAUUGAUGGUACAUCGUGUUCGGUUUAUUAUUCACAUGAGAAAAAACAAUUUGGUGUAUGUGGAAGAAAUUGCGAAUAUGAUUUAACAAAAUCAAAUAAUUUUACUCAUAUUGUUUCCAAAUAUUCUUUGAAAUGUUGCCUAACAAAUUUUUGUGAACAAAAUCACAUAUCGUUAGUCUUACGUGGUGAAUUAUAUGGUGCUGGUAUACAAAACAGAUCCAAUAAUUCACAUUGCACACAACCACUACAGUGGGCAAUUUUUUCUGUUUAUCUAUUUAGUAUUGAUGGUAAACAAGGACGAUAUACAAGAAGAAAAACAGAUAACUUAUUCUAUUCUAUUCAGCUUGCUGAACAUCUCAAUCUACCUCAUGUGCCCGUGAUUGAAAGUCAAGUGCCAUUAACUCAACAAUUAAUUGAUAAAUAUUCUUGUGAAGUUGAUCUAUCAUUUGGUGAAGGUGUUGUUAUUCAACAUGAUCAUGGUUCAUUUAAGAUAAUUAAUAAAAAAUAUGAUGCAAAAAAUUAA